UGUACUCAGGAGUUUGUACAGAGAUCUUCAAAAGAGAGUGUGUGAUCUUCCAGAAACCAGUCUACUGCUUUGUUCAUCUGAGCAUUCAGGAGUUUCUGGCUGCAGUCUACAUGUUCCACUGUCACACCAACAGGAAGAGAAAGGUGGUGAAGAACUUCCUUAAACUAAAAUCUUUGAUCAAGAUGAUUUCCAUUGUUUUUGAUAACAAAGAUCUUGAUGUAUUUCUGAGGAGAGUCAUGGAGAAAUCCCUCCAGAGUGAAAAUGGCCACCUGGACCUGUUUGUUCGCUUCCUUCAUGGCCUCUGUCUGGAGUCCAACCAGAGACUCUUAGUAGGUCUGCUGGGUCAGACAGAGAUCAGUCCAGGAACCAUCCAGAGAGUCAUCAACAACCUGAAGGAGAUGAACAGUGAUGAAAUCUCUCCUGACAGAAGCAUCAACAUCUUCCACUGUCUGAUGGAGAUGAACCACCUCACAUUAUUUCAGGAGAUCCAAGAGUUCCUGAAGUCAGAGAACAGAUCAGAGAAGGAACUCUCUGAGAUCCAGUGCUCAGCUCUGGCCUUCAUGCUGCAGAUGUCAGAGGAGGUUCUGGAUGAGUUGGACCUGCAGAAGUACAACAGAUCAGCGCGGGGACAACAGAGACUGAUUCCAGCUGUGAGGAACUGCAGAAAGGCUGGACUGACUCAGUGUCGACUCUCAGAGUCUCACUGUGAAGUUGUGGCCUCAGCUCUGAAGUCCAACCCCUCCCAUCUGACAGAGCUGCACAUGAGUAACAACUACAAGCUCCAGGAUUCAGGUGUGAAGCUUCUGUGUGCUGGACUGGAGAGUCCAAACUGUCGUCUGGAGACUCUGAGUUGGAGCUGAUGAUGGUAAACAGGACGGUGUGUGUGCUGAGAGAGGAGCAGCUGUGUCCUGAUGAUCCAGAGAGGUUGAAGCAGCAGCAGCUUGUGUGUAGAGACGCUCUGACUGGGCCAUGUUACUGGGAGGUGGAGAGGAGAGCUUCAUC